AUUUUAUACUCUAACGUUCUAUUAACAUUGUCCUGAUUUCUUAUAGAAAUAAGAACCAAGUUUUCAGGACUAUCUUACUCAGGAAUGCCUGAGACAGAUGAAAAUCCACCAGGAGAACUUAAUCCUGUUUGUUCUCCAAAUUUUGAAACACCAGUUGCUUCUGGUGCUGAAAGCACUGAAUCUGUACCAUCAACCAAUACACAAGAUGAUGAAAUUUGUAAAGAAGGAACUUCUUUAAAUAGUUCUAACAUGAUGUAUCUAAAAAAAGACUUUACAAGUGAUGAUGGAAAUAUUAUGAAUGAACUUAAUAAAAAUGGUCAAAAUGUAACUAGCACUCUUGAAGAUGCAUGUAGUUCCGACAAGAAAGAUGAGGAUUGUACACCUUUAGAUUGUUCAUUUGAACAAACCAAUAAGGGUCAGAAAUCAAACAAUUCAGAAAGGAGCUGUUCUUUUGUACCAAUCUUUCAUCCCUCAGUCUGUACAAGCUCUUCUUUUGAAGAAAAUUUAAAUAGUAAAAUCAUGGUCCACCAAAGAGUCAACUCGUCAGAUGAAAAACAGACAUGGUUGAAGCCUCCAACAUUCUUCAUUGAGACUCCUAAAAAUAAAAGCUUGGUAUUUGGCCAGUUUCAUAACUUCAUUGGUUCAAAUCAUAUGGACCCAGGAAUUCACUUGCACAACCCAUCAGUAUUGAAUAACAAUAUUGUUAAAAAUGUUAAAGAAAUUGGAUUCCAAAAUGAAUUUUUAAAAGAUUUGUCAUUGCAUGAUGAUGGUAUUCGAAGUAUAAAUAAAACUAAUAGUGAACUUAGGACUGAGGAGCUUAAUCCUGAAGUUUUAAAAAUCAAGCAUUCUUCAGACACAGUUUCUUUGGAUGAAAGUAGAAUUUGUUCUAGGCCAUCUUGUACAGUAGAACAUCCUGAACCUUUAGUAUCAAGUGCUGGUUCUCUAGGGAUGACACAAACAUUCAGUUUGUCAAACCAAAAGAAGAGAAAAAAUGGUAAUAGUUGUUCCACCACAAUUUAUGCAGAGAAUGAAGAUCCUGAGUUUGAAAUGAAGAAAAAAAUUAUUAAAGUUGAUACAACAAGCAAUCUUGAAUAUCAGCCAUGGUUACAUGAUAAUAAAUAUCCUUUAGAACAGGAUUGUAAUGACAAAACCUUCUUAGAUCAAAACCAAACGUUUGGUACUAAGUCAAACAGUGUACAUAAGCAGCAUGGAAGAUUUAUAUCUGAUUUCAGGAACUGUAACUUUGAAAAAUCUCAUGAACCAGAAAGUAGUGACUUGCAAGAAUUAAAUAAGUCAGCAGUUAUGUUUGACCAUGAACAGUCACACAUUAGAGCUUCUCAAAGUAAUACUAAUAACAGUCACUUUGACAGCAAAAACAGUUUCAUGUUAGAAGAUUCCAUUGGACAAGUCGGCCAUUAUUCAAAGGAAAUGGAUCAUGAUGAUACCAAAAAUACUCGAGCUUACCAGUGUGAUAUCUGUCACAUGAAAUUCACUCAGUUUGCCAACAUGCGCAGACACAAAUUGAGCCAUUUUGGAGUUAGACCUUUUGAAUGUCGCUUAUGCCCAAAACGUUUUUUUCGAAAAGAUCACCUGAUGGAACAUAUUGUACGACAACAUUCAUUGCAGAGACCUUUCCGUUGCCCUUUCUGUAUUAAAAGCUUUAACAGUCGACCACAGUUGAAAGCGCAUCUGUCAUUAGAGCACAGUGGGAAUAAGCUUUGCAGAAUUUGUGGUUUUGAAUCUGUUUCUGUUGCAGGAGCCAAAGUGCAUUACUCAUCCCGUCAUGGUAAGUCUAACUCAGAAACUUUAGAUGGCUCUUCUGUACCCUCUGUAGGAGGUGAUUUAGUUCAGUCAUCAGUUGUCAGAGACAUAGACUUAAACACUGUUUCUCAAAAAGUAGUUCCUGGUAUGUUUCAUCAUCCAGUUACAUCUUCAAAUCAAUUAGUUGAUGGUAGUAAAUCUUUCUCAACUCAUCUGUUUUGUGAACCACCAUCAUUAGUAGUUGCACCUAUUUCUCCUUCUACAAGCAAACUUUGUUCUUCCACCACAUCUCCAAUGACUUCAUCUAUAACCACAGAUACUUUUUUUGUACAUGAUGUUCUUCACUCUUCUAAUUUAACCAAAAAGAAGUCACCAGAGAAAACAGUUGCUUCUUACCAACCUUCCUGCUUGCUCAGAACACAUAACAUUGAUAAAGAUAUGGUCAGAAUAGACUGUCCAAAUCCAUCCUUCAAAAGUCCAUUUUUACAAAAAAUUGUUCCAGCAUCUACUGCAAGAUCUUUUUGUAAUUCAACACCAACACUUCAAACAGAUCUUAUGAGAGUUUCUUCAACAGGAACAGCAUUUCGUCAUUCUAGUGGUUUUUCCAAAGUAGAUAAACUUUUGGGUGUUCAGCGUUCCCCAAGCAGUGAGAACCCUGAUACUUCUGAAGCUUCGAAAAAGAUUGUGAUUAAAACAGAGCCACGAGAUACAAGUGUUUUAGUUACUAAUGUCAAAAUGGAUGAUGUUUCUACAAAUGCGAAAAGAAGCUGUGUACAGAUUCAUGAGGAAAUGUCAUCAAACAUAGACAACACAUCAGAAACUUCUUGUGAUUCUGGUGUAUCUGGAGAUUUUAAAGAGAAGAAGCAAGAGAAUGAUUCUAUUCCCAACCAAUCAUCACAGUCUUCAACAUCUGUUAAAGAAGGUCGUCAAAAAGCAGUUGCAACUGAACAUCAAAAGAUUCCACACACAUCAGGGGCUUCAGCUAGAAAACACCAGCCUUGCCAAUCAUCUGAUAAUGGACCUGCUACAGAAGAGUCUGUAAAUACUGAAAAAAUGGACAUCUGUCGACAAGUUAAAUACACCAGGAGGCCACGUUGCAUGCUUCAAGAUAACACAUCUACUGACAAUUGUCCUGCUUCAAGCAAAGAUCAACAAAAUAUUAAUGUUAUUAACCGCAGACAGGCUGCUUGUGGUGUUUCACGACCACCAGAAGACAAGUAUAGGGCUCCAUCAACGUCUUCAUCAACUGAUGGAACAGCUGAAACAACCACACACAUCAAAUCUGACCCUGAUAGCGUAAACAGAGGAAGCAAAAAAUCACAGGACCAGACAUUGGUAUGUCCCCAUUGUGAAAUCACAUUUCUGGAUCAGACACUUUAUUUCCUCCACAGAGGUCUACAUUCAGGUUCAAACCCAUGGAAAUGUAACAUGUGUGGGCAAGAAUGUAGGGAUAAGUUUGAUUUCACAUCACAUGUUAUCAGUGAAGCUCAUGGUUAAAAUUUUUUUGUUUUUGUUUUGUUAUUUCUACUUAAUGGUAACAUUAUUGUUAUGGUGCUUUUGAAAAAGACUUAGAAAUACAGUAUACAACAUGUACAAUUCAAAGAAGUUAAAAGAACAUUUAUGAGUGUACAUUUUAGUAUUAAGUCUUAUGUAACUUUGCUGCUAAUGGCAACACCAAAAUUCUAUGUUUAAAGAUUUUGAUACAUUAAAUAAUAUUUCAUAUAUAACACUAAAGGACAUUUCACAUAUAACAGACAUAAUAUUUUAGGACAUAGAA